CAGCUGGCGGGAGAUGAACUCUAGGAUGCAAAAUAUAGAAUGAUAACUGAAUAGGAAAACGUUCUCUUUUAAUAUUGGUUUCUACCUGCACUCUUAGUUGCUUCGAUGACUACGAUGAAAGCCUGGCCAUUUAUAACUUACAUGGCUUAGUGUCCCUUCCCUUUUCUCUUUUUCCGGUUCUCUAUGGCUUCCCAUUUGUCUCAGCUUCAUAUCUUUCACCAAUCCAGGUCUGUUAGACCAGAAAACAGACAAUCAAGUACAAGCAAUCUGUAUCAACCAACAAGAUCCAGUACAAAGAAACAAGGAACUUAUGGCUUUCCAAAGAAAAGUCUCUUGUGUAGCUUAUUUUAUACAUGUUACCCUUCGUCAUGGUGGUCUUCAUCCAGAAUAUUAUCAUCUAUAGUUUGUAAAGCUUAUUCCGGUGAAGCAAAGAUUGAGAAUGGCGCUGCUGUGGCUGAAAUCCAUGACCGUGAAGUUGAAUUUAAUCGGGUCAAUUGCCUUGUGUGGGUGCUGCAUGAAUCUGCGAGGAGCUUCUCUCUUGCAAUUGAAUCGCUAGAAUUGACAGGAAGUAGUUCUGGGGUAGCAAUGGCAUGGUCUGGGAAGGAUAUUCAUGCAUGGCAUAGACGGCUUUCGUAUCAGGUGGCGCUUUAUGCGUUGUUGAAAACUGCAAUUGAAGUAGAAACUUUGCUAUCUAGUCAACGUCAUUACAGUGAUUCUUCUCCAGUUAGUGAUAUCUUAACUGGAAAUAUCAAUUUAGUUGGUGAACACAUUGAGCGUCAAUUGAACAUGAGGCACUCAGAAUUAGUAGAAUGGUUUAGAGUUGUGGAAUUUCCACGGAUUGCAGGAUUUUUCAUUCCUUUGCUAAGACAGUGGUCUAUGGAGUAUGCAGGAAGUGGUGUGGCAGGUAUAGUUGUGGCUAUCAGCUGCUGCGCUGCAGUGGCCAAAUUGGGUCCUGAGCGUGUAAAUUGUUCUUUAUUUGCAUUUUCUGUUAAGGAUGUAAUGGUAGAGCUCAUGGAUCUCUCACACAGUCUUGUAUCGGUGGAAAGAUUACAUCCCUUGGCCAUUGAGGCAGGAUUUGAAUUGGAUUUUCUGUCCCACUUUGGUAGAAAGGUUCUGCUAAGCAGCAAAGGGGAAGAGGUAGAAUUUUGGAUUGGGUUGGCUUAUGGAAAACUUUCAUCAGCAUUUCACAACGAAUGUACAAUUCCAGGCAAGCAGAAGCUUCUUGACAAGGUUCAAGCAGAUACUUUGGCUACAUUGGGACUUUUUGCGUAUCUCGGAAGAAAGACGAGAUUAUUCUUGUCAACAAUGGGCAUAAACAAUACUGACGAGCUACUUAAGGACUUCCUUAGCUACUUGGAGUGUGGUAGCAUUUUCAUCUAUCCAGAGUUUUCUUCCAUAACAGUGUAUCAGCACUUCAUGGAGGUAGUAACUGAUGAAAUUGGAUGGCUUGAUUUUUACGCUGCAUGUCCUCCAAAAACUAUUCAAGAGAGACGAAAAACCAAAUUGCAUGCGAUUCAGGCAGAGAAAGAGAUUGCUCUAUCCGCUGUAUUUACUGUAUGCUAUGAUGUCUACUCUGGAUUUGCUCACUUUAGUCGCGCAACUCAACUGUCUUUGGAUAAAGGUUUGCUAGAAUUCUUGCUUCAGAGUCAGAGCUUGCUUACUGUUUGUUUGGAAGACUACUGGUCUGCUUAUGAUAAAUCAAGCAGUGAUUGGUCAAAGAUUACAGACACUGGUCGUCUCUCAACCAAGGCUCCAUACUUGCCAGGGAAUGAAUCCAUAACGUCACUGGAGGAGGGAAGUGCCAGAAAACAAAGACAUCUCCAUCGCAUAUUAAUUAAAAAGUAUAGCGAUCAUUUGGUAGCUGCAAGCUCUGAUGUAUGGAUGGGUACGCACUUACUUGUCAUAGACCUCAUGAAUGCUUUCGAGCUGCUCCUGAAACAAUUGCGUGGCCACAAGGUUUCAAGGAGGGAAAGAAAUAAGUUACAAAGGACAUUAAAUGACAUUACUUCACUUAUUCCUGUUACAAUCCUAAUGCUACUUCCUGUAUCUGCUGCAGGUCAUGCCCUCAUGUUUACUGCAAUCAACAAGUACAUACCAGACUUGAUCCCUUCUCCGUAUACUGCCGAGCGGCUUGAUGUUGUCAAACAACUGACGAGAACCAAGAAGAUGGAAGUUAGGACAAGAAACAACCUUGAACAUCCACCCUCUAGAAUAAAAUAAGUGAUUCUUGGUCUCGUCUGCCUCUCUAUUAGCGUAGUUAAUGUUGCAUUAAGAACCUGCUAGCUCUCUAGUUGCACCCUGUCAGAAAACGUCAUAUUGUGCAGCUAGUCUUUGUAAAAAGUUAUAUGAAUAAAUAUGUAUAAUGUGAGGGCAUUC